GGUAAUAUGAAAAAAUAACGGAAACAAAAGAAAAUUCGUUGUUACGAUAAUAUCAAAUCGAUAAGGUACAGAUUCAUUGUAAUUAAGAUGCAACUACAUUGAGGUUACUGAUAAUAAGCUAAGCAGUAAAUUGAGAUUUUACGAUUGAGCGAAGGAACGUAGUUUAUCUCAGAUGAAUAUUGAAUUUUCGCGGGCUCGAGAUAGUAGCGACAUAUUUGCGUCACGUGACCGUCAUCGAUCCAAUGGUUGAGCGCGUCUCGGGUCCAUUCAACUCGUUCCCGACAGAGACAGGGAGGGACACUUCACAACACCUUCUAUUCAUACGUAGGAGAUAUUUAUAUGUUUCUGUCCCUGUCACGCGUAUUGAGAAAUAAUUAAAUGAAUGGUGAACGAGUGAAACAGGGAUACGUUCGAGUGGAAAUUAUUGAAAGCGGCUGCCUAGGCCAGUCGCCAUGUAGAUUUUUUUGAUGUGGGUGUUGUGUCUCAGGAUGUCGAGCGCUUCAAUGAUUACUAUUUUCAAGUGGACGUUUUAAAUUUUGUGUAUAUCGUUAUCUAAGCGAUUCGUGGUGUUUGAAGUGCUAGUGGACAAUAUUUAUUUCUUUGUGCUCGCGAACGAUUCGGUUCGGUGACGGCGGAUAAUCUCUGGAGGGGGGCUACUAAAAUACUACAAUAGGAUAGUAACAACGUUUUACAACUCGCUAGAAGUGUUCGGAGGGCCCAUAAAAUUUCUCAUAUCGGUGCGGGCGAGGCGGACUUCCAUUUUGUUUUAUUAUGAGGUUUCGUUGUUUACUCGGUGCGUCCACGACAAUGGAAAGAGACGGAUCACGGCCACAAUGACUGGGCAGUAGGUGGGCAUGCAGCGAGCCGCCGCGGGCGGCGCUCCGCAGCCGCAGCCCUCCGCCGCCGCCCCCGCGCACCCCCGGCGUCUGCACGCGCUCUACCCGGACAUUGACGACCAGAUACCCGCCUCAGUGAUCAGUAGCGUGGGCACAGUGAGCCUAUCCCAGGCCUCCUGUCCAACCUCCAUCACCAUGGCCAACCCCACCAACCCCGGCACCGCCAGCAGCGGCCAAGCCCAACCGGCCCAGGCCUCUCGUCUCCCAAAGAAACGCAAGUUUGACCCUUCAGAACUCGAAGAAAUGGAGAGAACUUGUACGAAUAAUGUCAACAACGUUGUCGUCUCCGCUCCACAGGAGUACCAUCCGCAGAUAUACCCUCCGCCGAUGCAGCCUUCUCCGAUCCAACCGUCACCGCCGCAAGACAUGAAGUUCUCUCUUUAUCCAAACAUCGACCUAUCCGAAUGGAGAGACCAUAGAGUCUUAGCCAAGCAGCAUAGACUGUAUAUCCCAGGAGUCAUAAGACAGGCCGAAGGCUGCAAGGUUGUUGUAGAUCUAGACGGUCAGGAGCAAAGCCCGAUCGUCUACAACGACAUUUUCGGGGCCAACAAAUACGACGUGAUCAGUGACGCGAGUCCAUUACUCAAUCAUCUGCUGAUAGGGUCGCCAUGUGUGGUGAGGACCACGGAUCCGAGCCGGGAGAGUGUGCAAAACGUUUUUGUUGAAGGACUUGUUGUGGAAGUGCUUAGUUCGCCGAUUAGGAUAAGAGUAAAGCAGGUAGACGGUAUCUGCAAGGAAGCCGUGGAGGUGAAACGGGCGGACAUCAGGUUAUUGCAGCCUCCUUGGGCCGACGAGCUCGAGGACGCGGGCUCACACGCCGCCACUAUGCACUCGCAGCGAGUGCUGGUGCCCAUGCAGAUGAGCGAAAAUUUCUACACGUCGUCGCCGCUCGGCGCCGGUCCCGUAGUCACCGUCGGAGCCCUCUCAAACGGCUCAAUGGACGAGCUGCGCAAGAGGCCCUUCGAUGACUACUGCGAGAGCGACGACGAACUACGCAGGGAGGACAUCAUGUUCCCCGACCAGGCGCAUAUGGACUGCAGCAACAGUAAACGCAGCAGCCUGCAGAGUCGCGGCAGCACCUCCAGUCUGCUGGAACGCAGCAUCACACCACGAUCUCAACCCCCCACUCCCAGAUCUCAAGCGGCAACCCCGCACAAAUACAAGAAAGGUGAUGUCGUGUCCACACCGACCGGCAUCAGAAAGAAGUUUAACGGAAAGCAAUGGCGGCGGCUCUGCUCCAAAGAUGGCUGCUCCAAGGAGAGCCAGCGCCGCGGGUUCUGUUCAAGGCAUCUGUCUUUGCGAGGCGUGGCAAGGUCAUCUAAUACACCGUUGGCACAAGGUUCAGCACAGCAGAGAAGCAGUAGUAAAUCCCUCUCGUCAAGCGGCACGGGCGUAGAAGGCGACGAAACAUCCCGCGAGUCCGACACGACUCCACCCAGCUACCGACACGUCGCCGGCCGCUUCGACCCGGACGAAACUGAGGCCGCCAACAUGCUGGUGUCGCUGGGCAGCUCGCGGUCGGGCAGCCCGGGCGCGUCGCCGACGGGCUCGCCGGCCGGCGCGGCGCUGCGCAGCAACGUGUUCGUGCCCAUCUCCUCGCCGCAGCCGCCGCGCGCGCUGCCGCCGCACCACGCCGCCAUCUACCCGCAUCUCAUCCGGCCGGAACUGGUGCGGCCGGGCAGAGUGAGCCCGCCCGUCAACAGUGUGGCCACGAGCGUCAUAAGGGUAUCACCGGCUCCUACUUACCAUUACCAGGUCGAAAACCGCAACGGAACCACAACCAUCCAAACAAACAGCAUCAGCCAAGCCAACGUGAUCGGCGUGCAGACCUCCGGCCUCAACAUCCCGAGCUCCAUACAGAACCUCAACUCGCCCGCACAGACCAACCUCAGCCUCCCCUCCAGCAUAUCUCUCAACCUGACCACCCUCAACGGCCAGAGCUUGCAGACGAGCAUAGCCAACAGCCUCCGAACAGCCAAGCUGGACGAGAUUCCACAUAACCUGGUGAUGCACAGGACCAUACCGACGUCGAAUGGGAUAGACUUGGAGCAUAUAUAUCGGGCUCAGCCGUUGCCGAUGAGGAACGGUAUACAUGAUUAUAGGCGGGAGGAAUCGCCUACUAUGAAUAAUCAUGUUAAUUUUGUGAGGAAUUAUGAGGAGGAAGAUCAGCGAGAGCACGUGAGGUUAGAGAGCCGCCCCGAAGCGACCGAGGCGCGGGUCGUGAAGCCGGCGCCACUCCAAGCGAGGCUGUACGUCAUACCGCAAGCCACCAACGAGAAGAAAUUUGUGUUCAUAAAAAACGAACCGGCUGAGACUGUUCAGAUUGAACAGAAAACACACCAGUUAGCGCAACAGAUGAACAUAAACAUCAACAACAAUGACUCCGACCACGACCAACACAGGCCCUUGGACAACGGGGAUCAUGUGAACAACGGCAACGGCAGCGCAGUGAUCGUGCGGCCCAGCCAGCUGCUGCCCGUGCUGCCGCCGCCCACGCCGCACACGCACAUUAUAGUGUCCACGAGUGGUGUCAGCGGCGGCGUGUUCCCGUGGCAGUCCCUGGUGCCACUCCUCACGGCGUCCUCGCCGCCCGCGCCCGCCAGCCCGCGCACGCCGCGCACGCCGCACACGCCGCACACGCCGCACACGCCGCACACCCCGCACACCCCGCACACGCCUCACACGCCGCACAUCAAGCAGGAGGAGAUCAAGACCGAGGGCGUGGACGGCAUAACAUCCAUGUGCACAGAAGAGGACGAGGAAGUGUUCGAGUGCGACGAGCCGAGCGGCGGCGACGACAGCAGCAAGCGGCGCUCGCACAGCCUGUCCUCGCUGCCCGCCGCCGGCCCGCAGGAGAAGAAAGAACACAACCGUAUCCGCCGACCAAUGAACGCCUUCAUGAUAUUCUCGAAGCGACACCGACAAAUGGUGCACCAGCGACACCCGAACCAGGACAACCGCACCGUCAGCAAGAUCUUAGGCGAGUGGUGGUACGCGCUCAAACCUGAGGAGAAGCAGAAAUACCACGAACUGGCCAGCGAGGUUAAGGAGGCUCAUUUCAAAGCCCAUCCUGAAUGGAAAUGGUGCAACAAGGACAGAAGAAAGUCGUCUAGCAGUCGGGACCCCACAGGGUCCAUGCCGCAGAGUCCACGGACCCCAUCAGAGGGUCCCAAUACAAGCAGCGCUUCGGACCUUCCCGUCACGGUGGCUUCUUUCAAUCAUGCUAGUUCGCCGCAGCUUAGUGAUGACGAGAAAAUGAUAACCGCGUCUAUCUGCGAAGAAGCGGUGGCGGCGGCACACAACGCCGAGAUGGACCUGAAGUGCGGCGAGCGCGUCACGGACUCGGACUCCGACACGCACGAGCCGCGCGACUACCUCAAGCACCGCGACACGCGCCGCCCCAAGCCCAUCAAGGCCAGAGCCGGUUCGUCUGAUAAUCUGCUCGGCGGCAUAACCGCGUCGAGUCCCGGAGGAUCUAAGGUGUUCCAGCCCACUGGCGGCGCCUUCAAGUCUACGCAUGCCGACUCGGAAAACCACCGGCAAUGGAACGCCUACGCGCACAACAAGAUCAACCACGUGCCCGCCUCCCCGCACGGCACCGCCGCCAUCACCAGCAGCGUGCAGGGCAUCUCGCUCUCCACGCCCAACCUGACCACACAAGCCGCGCUCGACAACGCCAUCGCCUCGCUCAUGUCGCCAACGCCAACCUCUGGCGUGCAAGUCAUAUCCAGUGGCGUGUCGAAUGUGCAGUCCGUGCCGCAAGGGAACCUGAGCAAUGCGCUGUUGAAGAGUGUAACGCUGGUCAAGCGCAGCGUUGGCGACAAUGCCACGGGUCCCCUGACGCUGUCCGUGGACGCGUCCGGCAACCUGCUGCUGAAGGCGAGCCAGGCCGGCGACGCGCCGUCGGAGCCGCAGCUGCACUACGUCCAGCUGCAGCGGCUUUAUGUGCCCUCCUUUAAUACUGAAGUUGAACCGCCUAAGAGUCAAAGCCAAACCGUACAAGGUCCAGGUCCGGGCCAGUCUGUGAUAGUCUCUCAGAACAACACUCAACCCACGCAGAAACCUAAUGCGCAAUGGGAGAGUCCCGCCGAGGAGGCGCGGCCCUUCCCGCUGGCGCCCACGCCGGCGCAGCUGGGCCGCGCGCCGCUGCAGAAGCGGCUCAGCAGAGGCACGUCGACGGGGUCCGCGGGGUCGGCGGAGGCGGGCGGCUCGGCGCCGGCGUCGCCGCGCGAGCCCGACCCCAAGAAGAGCCUCUUCAAGAAGGGCACCGAGGACGGCCGCGACAAGGUCCUAGAAACGGUGAACUUCGAACAAAAGUUCAGUACACUACCACAAUUCAAGCCCGAAGCCUGCAGCCCCAGCGUGGUGGUGCCGAGCAGUCCACAAUUAUAUCUCAGGAAGAAGCACAACAACAGAAUAGAAGAGGAGGUGCCGUCGAUGCCGCCGGCGCCGGAGCCCGAGCCGCUGCCGAGCGGCGCCAUGCCCACGCCGCACUCGUACGGCACCCCGCACACCACCACCAAGCUGGUCGGGAACACCUUCUUCGGCCCGGACUUCAACUUGGACACCUUUAGAGUAUCAGAGAGCAUGGAGGAGAUGUCGCCGCGCACGCCCUGCACCCCAGGCGGAGCGCGAGGGGAGGCCGGGCACAGACGGGUGCUGGAGCAACGUCGACACCUCGUGCUCAAGCUGUUCCAGGAGCACGGCAUGUUCCCCACCACGCAGGCCACCACACACUUCCAGGCGACGCACAUGGACAUAUUCCCGAACAAGAUGUCUCUGCAGCUGAAGAUCCGCGAGGUGCGACAGAAACUCAUGGCGCAGUCCAACCUCACUCCUCAUUCCGACAUCAAUACGCCUACUAACGUGAACUCGCCCAUGUCGGCGCUGCAGCCCACGUCCACGGCCAGUUAGCGCUGCGGCCUCACCGUCUCCAUCGUGCUGCGCGAGUAACACACACACACACACACACCGUCGGUUAGCACACACCACACAUCUUCGAAAAUUGUGUACACCUUCAACGUUCUGAAAUCCUAGUCUGUUUACGCUAAACCUGCAUCGACUUUAUUCUUGGGAAGUUGGGAGUGAUAUUUUAUGUGCAUAUUUGAUGUAGUACACUCUGGUCAGCGAGUCAUAUCACAAAAAAAUGUGACAAUAUAAAAAUAUUUGCCAAUAGGGAAUAUUACGUGAAACUCUGCGUAGGGGGCGCCACUAUCACAAUCCAUCAAAAUCUGAGCGUCUACCGCGAAACAAGAAAAUCAAUAUUUCGUUAUCUAACCUCUCUAUCACUCUUGCGUAUUAGAGCGAUAAAAACGCAGAUAACUAAAUUUCAAUUUUCGCGUUUCCCGGUAGGCGUUUUGCAAACAAACCGCCUUGAUGCAUAAUGUCAUAUUAUUUGUGAAAACUUGUCAAAAAACAGUUUAAAGCAACUGUGUCUACUACUGUAUGCACAUACCGAUGUAUAAGUUACUCUAUGGUUUACGAUAGGUGCUAGUGCUGCACUCUAGCGGCAGAACAUUGCAAUAAUACUCCCUAUUAAAUUAUUUCAACCGAAUAAUUGACAUGAUUAUUAAUAAAUUUAAUAGUUUGUGUCACGGCUCACUGGUCUGGUCGACUGCGGUUUAACCUUUUGAACGCCACGCCGAUCGCACGCGGCGCGUAAUCGUCAACCUUGUCGGUACGCAUGAAGGUUGAUAUUGGGCUGUAGCCGCGCGCGUCAUAUGACGUCUUUGGCGAUCAAAAGGUUAAACGGAUAUAUUGUAACUUUAAAAACCCAAUUUAAAUUUAACUUAAAAUUGUGUGUUACUAUUGAAAAAACGUAACAGAAGAAAGUUGUGAUGCUAACCGCCGAAUGGAGACGGACCAACAUCGUAGCUACUACAAGUGUUUGCAAUUACCCUAGAUUGCAUUUAAAGGAUACUAUUACAGACUAACUUCAUAUUUCAUAUUAAUAAAUCAAUAUAAAAUUGUCUGAACUUUUAGGUAUUAAAAGUAUAGUUUGAAACCUCGUGAUCGGGUCAUUCGGUCAAUGACAUAUUACCAUAAAUACUAAAUACCCCACAUACUGUUUAGGAUACUAAAUCAUUGGCCGAAUCGUUUAUUUAAAUACCUAAAAGACAGACUAUACAAAAAAAUAAUCAAAUAUUUGAUAAUCUGUGUGAGAAUCGAGGUUAUGAUUGUACUGAGGACUGUUAGUGUCAUUUUAACAUUUCCUUUGCCCAAACUUAUGUUAGCUCUUGACUGUGCUGUCGAACUAGCAAAAUCUUUGGUUUUUAACCCUUUGACCGCGAAGGACGUCAACUGACGCGCGCGACUACUUCCCAAUGUCAACCUUCGUGCAUUACGACAAGGUUCACAAUGUCGCGCCGCGCACGAUAGGCGUGACGUUCAUUGGUUAAAGCUCUCUUUAGCAAAUUAGGGUAGGCAUGUUAAACUUUGGACUUUUUACUAUACUUGCCACAAAACUAACUGGCGACUGAGAUAAUGCUAUCUCCUUUACCCUUGUUAAGAUCAACCAAGAGUCAAAGAGAUGGCAUUCUGACAGCACUCGUGCGGCAAGUAUACGAACUAGAAUAGAGUCAAACCAAAAGUUAUCAGUGAUUUUGAUAGCCCAGACAGUACACGGCUUAUUUUAAACGAACUUCUAUGAAAUUAUGACGUUUACUUGACGCUUGCAUCGUCCGUAUUUUGGCAUGACUCUUAACUGUUAACUCUAUUUUGUGCAAGUGAACUUGCAAGUCUCAUAAUGAAUCUAAAAGUGAGACAGAAAGACUGCGCUCUUUCAACUUUAACCGCCCGCCGUCGCACGUCAUCAAGAACCUUAUCGGAAUGCACGAAGGUUGAUAUUGUGUUGUAGCCGCGCGUCAGUUGACGCCCUUAGCGGUCAAAGGGUUAAAAGCUUUAGUCGUUCAGAGCUGACACAUACAUUCAUCAAUCAUCAUCAUAUUUACUCAGUGUGGGUGAUCUCAAUACUUUUGUAUCUGUAUAUAAGUCAUAUGUGUUCCAUUAUCAAAGUUGUGUUUGUUUAUUAUUUCAUCAUACAGCACAAGCCUUAGGCGAAAUGAACCACUACAAAGUUAACGUUGAAAUUGCACCUUAUGUAGUACUCGUAAGGUCGCAUUUUUAACGAUCACUUGUUGUGUGUGGAAUCGUUUCGCCUAACCUUGUGUCUACAAAGCUUCCUGCUGUUUCAACUGGCGUUCAGGGGGCCUACCGCGGAAACCAAAAUUCGCAAAUUGCGGGGAUCUUUCUCAUUUACUCUCACUAAGACGUAAUUAGAGUGAAAGAGAAACAUGCCCGCAAUUGACGAACUUCGAUUUUCGCGGUAAGCCCCCUAUAUCUUCUAUUAUUAAUACAAUAACUUUCCAAUUCGUAAGAACGUCGAAGCCGAAACAGUGGGCGGAGAUACUUAUAUAGGCAUCUAUUUGAGAGUUACACGAACCUAGCUGCCUAGUAAUUGGAAUACAAAUACGAACGAGUAGAAGUUAUAACCAUUGUAGCAACGAAAACUAGUACAGUCGCGUCUAAAAACAUCGACACGAUCGAAGCGCCAAAAAUAUGUAUACACGACCUUAUGGCCCAUAUAUUACGGUAGUGUAUACAUAUUUUUGACACUUCGUCCAUAUUGAUAUUUACAGACGUGACCGUACCAGACAGAUAUACAGUGUGUUAAUCCAAUACGGACAAUAAAUCAAACUAGCCAUAGAAUUUACCCGUGUUAAUGAAAUAAGAAGUUUUUUUAAAUGACAAUUCAUUUUUGACAUUUUACCUAGGGCAUGACAUUACGAGACGAGCGUUGACAUUUACUAUAAAAAUGUCGUAUCUCGUAACAUGUGUGUUACUUUACAUUGCGGGCCGUAUUAUUUUGUAUGGUUAAUAUUUUCAUUUUAUUUCUAAGUAAUAUUAUAUUGCCCAUAUUGACUUACUACUGUAUGUAACGUUAAUAUUCAUACCAAGUUUCAUGUUAACCAUGUCUUUUAAAUGACACAAAACAAAAUUUCGAUUGUAUAGGAGCGCUUUUUGUCGGCGGGUUGGUGUGACUCUUAAGGGGCUCAUUAUGCGUUUUGUAUACAAUAAGGAAUUAGUUGACUUGUGUCGGCCUACCUUAACAUGACCCGAUAUUUUAUAUCUAGACAAAGUUUACAAAGAUCUAUGGCAUUCAUCUAUUUCGUUGUUGCAUUUAUGGUUCACGUCGACCACUCGUUAUUUGCUAAGUUUAUCGUAAGGUCAUCUCGUGUGUGUCGGAUACGUGUGUAGAUUGAAUGUGAAUUUUAACGAAACUGGUGCGUACCCAUUAUUAUUUAGAUUUAUUUUUAUCGUUUUAUAUUUAUGUUGUGAUCUUGGUCUUCCACGAGUUUGAAAUCAUUUCGUUUAUUAAGAUUAUCUAUUUAAUAAUUUCUUUAUGUACAGUCACUUUAAGCUAUAAGGGGUGUGAUUUUGAAUCAUUUUUCGAUGCCAUGUUUGAUCGUGGAGCGCCGCGGUGCGCGGCCUAGUGUUGGCUUACACAAUACUUGCCCCAAAACUGACGACUGAGAUCAUAAUGCUAUCUCCUUUACCCUUGUUAAGACUAACCAAGAGUGAAAGAGAUGGCGCCACUUAGUUUUGAGGCGAGUAUAAGGGCAUUCCAGAAAGUGUCGGGUACGCGACGCCAUUAUUUUAAAACAUUUCCGAUAAAGUUAAUAAGCCGAUAUUUGACAUGAUAAAGUAGCUUUUAAUUCAACGAUAAUACAGUUGCGUUGCGUCCCCGACGAAGUAGACUUUGUGGAAUGCCCCACUACACCUACAGCGGUAUUUCUCGCGGUCGUAUUUGCUUAUCGCUGUGCAUCUCUUUCUUUUGCUGUAUUAAAAAAAGAGAUGCAACAGGAAUAUUUUCAAAUAGCCACGCGAAGUGCCUCAUACAUUUUCUAUCACAAGACAGCGCAUAAGAAUUCUGUCAUUUUAAAACAACCAAUACGGUUUACAAAAACAGCUCAAACGAUAACGACACUAGAUAAAUCAAUAUUUAUAUUAUAAUCUCAUUGUAAAUAUUAGAUUUAUGUUAUACUAGUGCUAAGUGUUCCCGGCUCUCAAAGUAAUUAAGUUUUUAUUUAGAGAAUGCUAAUGAUAGACAAAAGAAUAUAAAAUUUAUACUUGAGAAUUUUCGGCCAAUACAAAUGUUAUGUAUAUCAAAAUUGUAUUUUUUAAAUGAUCUCUUCGGCGUUAGUGUUAGGAUAUUGCUUUAGGAGUCCGGAAGUGAAAUGAAUUUAUUAAAAAUAUAAACUUAAGAAAUAUUUUCGCACUGUUAAAUCUUAAUAGUCGCGUAGUCAAUUGAUCUUUAAAUAAUUGUUGUCAUAAUCAUACCAUACAGACGCAUAAGUAGUACCGUUGUUACCAACUAGAAUAACAUACACAUACUUUUAUACACGCAUUAGUACUAUGUAUAUACCAAUCUCACCUCUCAACAGAUGUCUAUAGCAAUCAAUAUUAUAUAUCAUCGCCCACUUUUUGAAUUUAGAAAGAGUAGGGAUGUCCGUCUUAUCCCGCUUUGUCCAAAUAGUAUCCGAAAACAAUGUUUCGAGAUAGUCAGAUGCUCCGGCAUGUAGAUCUACUUAAUAUAUUGCUCGAACAACUGAGUAUCUCUCAAUAUUUUUAUAUUAUAUAUAUCUAUAGUAAUUCCCCACUCGAUCACAAAUCUAUCCAUCGCCACACAAUAGUACUUCAUAGAUGUGACAUUACAUAGGUCACUGGAAAAGUUUUGCAAUAGACAAAUACGAAACAAAGAACUGGGGGCCUACCGCAAAAAUCGAAAUUCGCAAAUUGCGGGGAUCUUUCUCUUUUACUCUCACUAAGACGUAAUUAGAGUGACAGAGAAAAAUGCCCACAAUUGACGAACUUCGAUUUUCGCUGUUAAAGCCCUGGACAUACACUUUUUUAAACUAUAUUUCAAUAGACAAUGUUUCGCAGGAAAGCAUUUACUUUCUUUUUAAAUUUAUUUAUUAAAAAAUAGAUUCAAACUUUAAAAAUGUCAGCGUGGGUUAAAGACGAUUUACGAAUAUUUUAUACAUCAUUUUCAUUUCAUACAAAGUUUAAACCUAUUUUUUGAAAGUAGAUUUAAAAAGAAAGUAAACGUUUACCCGCCAAACAUUGUCUAUGGAAAUAUAGUUUUAUAAAGUAUAUGUGAAUUAUGUGACAGGCCAAGUGUUCCUUAUUUGUCUAUUGCAAAACUUAUCUAGUGAUCUAUGUAUUUGCAGUUUCGUAAAAAAUAAGCGUUUUAAUAUUUGCAACUGGAGUAGUAGUACUCGGCAACUGCAUUCCAAAGCCCGAAACUUCCGCGACUGCCGUACGAGCCGAAAAGCAACUCAUAAUAUUAAUGAGAUUAAAAACAUACUCCAGUGCCUAAAUUAUAUAUUUAUACUUUCAAAUAGCUCAACGAUUUCGUUGACUUAAUAUGCAAUUAUAAUUAUAUUUAUACUUUUAGAUUGUGUUGCAAUAUCGUUUAUGUAACAUACAAAUAACAGUUUUGUUUAAUGUAUGCUUGUGAUGUUUGUACUUGUUUCCAUUUGUUUUAGCUGUCCAUGAGUUUAAGUUUGCGAAUGAUAUCGGUUGCUUUCGAGUUUUGAUUUUCCGUGUGUUAUAUGUACAAUUAAUGAAACCAACUUUAAAGUUAGUCUGCGUAUGCUAGUGCCUUUAUGACUCUCAAAACUUAGUGUAUCUGCUUGUCUUAUACUGUUGAAGCAUGUUAUUCGAGAAACGGUGGGCCUACCGCGUAAAGCGAAUAUUCUUUGGGUAGGGCCUCUGGUUGUUAGUUACGUUUUACUCUCGCAUCUAGGUUUUGUCAGUCAACAAACGAUUGUAAUAUGCAGAUUUUUUAUUAGACUGAAUUAUGUAUGUUACAAAACAUUUUCAAUGUUAUAUUUUAAGAAAUAUAAGCAAUUACUGCUGAACGACUUUUUGAAUGAAAGCAUUUUCGUUAUUUAUUUCUUCUACAUAAGGCAUUAGUCUAAUUGUUUAGUCAAAAUGUAACUGUAAAUAUCUUGUUUAGAAGUUUUAUUUAGAAUUAAGUGUUCAAUUUAAUGUCGAUUAGAUUGAAUUAGACAAAAAAAAUCAUAAUAGCUAAUAUCUGAAGCAGUAAUCUUUUGUGUGGGAGUUUUCGAAUCCAACUUAAGGACCAAUAAUACCUUUCACUUAGACUCUAUAAUGUAUGCAACAAACUCGGCAGAACUGGAGCUACCCGCGUGUGGACAGUUUGUUCAACAUAUUGGAUCAUUGUACGAACUUAUGUCAAAACAUAAAAACCACGAAAACA